ACCACACCCACAGGCGCAUUUCUCAACUCUGGGCUCCGCUACCUGUCGACUGGAAACGAAUCUGUGCGUUAUAGGACCAAAACGACAUUAACGCGGCAAGAAACCCCGCAGAAACACAUAUUAUCAGGUGGCUUUCAACAUAUAAUGGACUAAUACUUUUAUCGGUUUGAAGAUAAACUCCAACCAGCAACAGAGGAUUUCCAGAGAAAGGGUUUUUGACUGCCAGCCGAGGACAUGGACUGGAAGACCUUCCAAGCCCUCCUCAGUGGGGUGAACAAAUACUCUACGGCGUUCGGGCGGGUAUGGCUGUCUGUGGUGUUCGUGUUCAGGGUCAUGGUGUACGUGGUGGCGGCGGAGCGAGUGUGGGGCGACGAGCAGAAGGACUUUGACUGCAACACCAAGCAGCCCGGCUGUGCCAACGUCUGCUACGACCACUUCUUCCCCAUCUCCCACAUCCGCCUGUGGGCCCUGCAGCUCAUCUUCAUCUCCUGCCCAUCUUUUAUGGUGGUGAUGCACGUGGCGUACCGUGAUGACCGUGAGCGCAAAUACAAGAUGAAGCACCCAGACAGCGACAAGCUGUAUACCAACACGGGCAAGAAGCACGGCGGCCUGUGGUGGACCUAUCUGGUCAGCCUCUUCGUCAAGACGGGCAUCGAGGUUGCGUUCCUCUACAUCCUCCACCACAUCUACGACAGCUUCUACCUGCCGAGACUAGUUAAGUGCAGCGGGGCGCCUUGCCCUAACUUGGUGGAUUGCUACAUCGGCCAUCCCACUGAGAAGAAGGUCUUCACCUACUUCAUGGUUGGAGCUUCUGGCCUCUGCAUCGUCCUGAACAUCUGCGAGAUCAUCUAUCUCAUCUCCAAACGCAUUGCGCGAAUCGGCAACAAGUUUAAGAGGCGCCAUCGCAGCACGGCCGUGCGACAAGAAGACUACAACAGCAAGGAGCCCUUUAACAACAUCCAUUUGGCCGUGCCGAGUCGGGACCGGAAGGACAGGCCUCCGUCCUUUAAGAGUGCAUUCAAGUCCUCACACGGGGUAUCCAGCCUCAUAAUGGAAGAGAAGAUACGGGCCUCCGCUCCUAAUCUGUCCUCCUCAUGAGAUGACAGGAGGCUGAAAUUAAGAGAUCAGCAGAACCCAGUGUCAAACUAAAAGACAAACAAACUCAGAACUAUGAGACAAACGUCAGUGUGUGUCUGACCCUGGAAGUCAUGAGUCAUCAGUGCAGGAUCCAUCCCUUGGGCCCCUGUGUCCACAUCUAAGACUCUUUUUGAGCUCAUGAACUUUGGUUUCCAAGUCAACAUCCACAAUGUACAAGUCAGCUCGAGCCAAAUUGAUUUGUUAAUAAUAUGUUGGUUUUCUUCUUUUUGAACACAAUACAGGUCACUGUGCCUUUUCAACUUCACCCCCUCACCCAUAUUCAAACAUUCCUGUGAGGUUUCUGUCUUUCAUGUGAUUCGAGUUUUGACGCAGGAGGGGAAGGCAAUGAAACGCUCACACAAGGAGGCAGGACACACCUGGCAAAGGUAUUCCCCCUGCCUGCCUGCCAGUGUAUACAGUGGUGUGUCAGGGCACUAAUUGUUAGACGCACAUUUCUUGAUCUCUUUUAUUUAACUGAACAUUAGCUUUACCUUUAUCAUGUGUUGUCCUGUUGACAUUAAAGAUGGUUAAAAAACCACAUUGGGAGUGGGGAUACUCCAAAGUCAUAGAGUUAUGGCUGAGUUUUACUUGAAGGUGUGUGAGCUGGCCAAAACAAAAAUGUUUUUACUGCACUUUUGCUUCAGAUAAGCAACAGUGUGCAUGUAAUAUUAGUGUAUUUCUUUAUCUUAAGCCUCAGCAGACUCAGGUUUAUGCUGCACGGUCAUACGCUGUUCUGCCUGUGUUUUGAUGUGCUUGUACACAAACACCCCUCAUCCAAGACCACUGUUGAUUUAAAUAAGGCCAAAGGAAUGCUGCUGUUUAUCCCUGUGCUGUUAGAGCUGCAGCACUGAGGAAAAGGUCGUACAAACGGACGUCUCAUUGAACUAUUAACGCAUUUUUGUGAGUUCCUAAUCGUCCCCUAUGGACCUUAGCUGGACAUGGAUAUUAUGCACUUGUUAAAAAUGUAAUUUUUACAAAGCUAAAUAUAUUAAAUGUAUUGAAUGUGUGUUUUGUAUUUGGUGUUUUCAAUGAGGGAUGCUUCUUGAUACGCAGGUAAUAUUUAUUUUUGGAACAGGUUUCUAUUAACACAUAGGACAUCCUCCCACAAACUGUUUGAUCAUCCUUAUAAUUUAAAGAGCUGUUAUUUUCCAUUGUUGUUGACUCAUGAUUAGUUUCUUACACAAUCCAUUAAAAGGCAUGCAAUAUCAUUUGUCCACAUGA